AUGAAGAACAAUCUGCUGUCAGUGGGCCGUCGAGCGGCCGCGACUCUGACCAAAGAGGCCGGUGACAUCAGCUCCGUCUUCCCCUCUCUGUCGGGCAAGAAGCCGGAUCCUCUCCCACCGCGAUAUAGCAACUUGAAGAGGUCGUUGAUCAGAAACAACGAAGACGCCGUCACUGCAUCGUGGCACCGUCUCCUCAGGAGCCUGAAGAAUGAGAUCGAGGAGAUCAGGCUGACGGGUUGGCAGGUCAUUCCCAGCAUUGAAUACAAAGAUGUCGUGGCAGGGACAGUUUCUGGACCGACGCUCGACGCCCUGCGCCAUCGUGGCACAGCAGUGAUUCGAAAUGUCCUUCCCCCGCAAGAAGCGCUGAACUUGAAGCAGCAGGCGAAGGAAUAUAUCAGUGCAAACAAGUCCAAAGUCAGAGCAUUUCCUCCAGACAGUCCAGCAGUGUACGAGCUGUACUGGACGCCCGCUCAGGUGCAGGCACGAGCUCAUCCCAAUGUGCUCAAGGCACAAUCGUUCCUUGCGUCUAUCUGGCACUCAUCCGACCCAAAGUCCGAGAUAUCAACCACUUACCCUCUAACAUACGCCGAUCGGUUUCGAAUCCGACAGCCAGGCGAUGCAAAGUUCGCCUUGGGGCCGCAUACUGAUGGAGGCAGUGUGGAGAGAUGGGAAGACCCCGAAUACUCACGGGUAUACCAGGCCAUGUGGGAAGGUCGAUGGGAAGAAUAUGAUCCGUUUGAUGCCCGCCAUCGCAUCACCGCCCAGAUGGAUUUGCAUAAUGGUGCAGGAGCUUGCAGUAUGUUCCGAUUGUUCCAAGGCUGGCUGUCCAUGUCUUCGACAGGCCCCGGCGAAGGCACAUUGAAAGUGUGCCCACUGCUUCAACAUGCCACUACUUACAUGAUUUUGAGACCUUUCUUCGACGUCGAGUCGGGGAGGCUGAACAUGGACGCCGUCUUCCCCAACUCGGUUCCAGGGGCGUGCCAGGAGUACAACACACGGACGCACCCUGGCCUCGAAUUGGACACGACGAUGUUGAGUGUGCCACACGUUGAGCCAGGUGACUACGUUGCCUGGCACUGCGACAUGAUCCACGCCGUUGACACGCAGCACCGAGGCAAAGAGGACAGCAGCGUCUUGUACAUCCCCGCCUGCGCCAUGACCAGAUCAAACAUCGAAUUCUUGCAGAGACAGCGCAUCAGCGCUCUGAGGUAUAGUCCACCACCCGACUUCCCAGGUGCAGGCGGCGAUGGAGAGAUUGGGUUUGUCGGGGUAGUAGAUUGGGACCAACUGAAUGACGAGGGGAAAAGGGCAAUGGGAAUGGGCAAGCGAGAAUGGGAGGUCGAGGACAGCAUGAGCGAAGGCGAGCGGAAACUCAUUGACGAGGCGAACAAGGUGAUCUUUGCGUGA